CAAUAGUAUUUGUUUUGUUUGAUGCUUAAAUUUAUCCAGAUUCCAUGAAAGGGAAUUGAAUCCUAUACUCUGAAUUCUGAUCCAAACAAUAUUUGUUUAUUAGUAAAAUAAAAUAAAAUAAGCACACGCAGUUGCACGCGCGCACCGUAUAUCCGUCUAUUUCAUUCAUAAUCAUAUCAAUUCAGUCUCCAACCCUUAACUCAAACUGGUAACAACAAUUCACAUUCAAACAGAGAGAAGAAGAAGAGAACAAACAAUAACAACUCUCUCUCUCUCUAUCUCUCUGAUUGAUUCCUUCGUUCUGCAAAUAUGAGUUCAAUCGUUCAGGGUUUUACAAAGUCACUUGCCAUGACCAUUCUCUCUGAGAUCGGUGAUAAGACUUUCUUCGCAGCUGCGAUACUGGCUAUGCGAAACCCACGACGCCUUGUCUUAUCGGGAUGCCUCGCGGCUUUGAUAGUGAUGACAAUUCUAUCUGUUCUUGUUGGUUGGGCUGCUCCAAAUCUGCUCUCUCGUAACUGGACUCAUCACAUUACGACGAUCUUGUUCUUGGGGUUUGGACUUUGGUCCUUGAAAGAGGCUAUAUUUGAAGAAGGGGAAUCAGAGGAAUUAGCUGAAGUCGAAGCUCAAUUGGACAAAGAUUGGAAAGCUAAAAAUGGAGCUACAAAAGAUAGCAAUAAGGUUGAUGAUGCAGCAAAAAAACAUAAACGGCCAUUUUUAUCUCAGUUUUUCUCUCCCAUCUUGUUACAGGCAUUUUCUAUCACUUUUUUUGGUGAAUGGGGUGACAAGAGCCAGCUGGCUACCAUAGGUUUAGCAGCAGAUGAAAACCCGUUCGGCGUGGUUCUCGGAGGGAUUUUGGGGCAAGCAUUGUGUACUACUGCUGCUGUUAUUGGAGGGAAGAGUUUAGCUUCUCAGAUAUCUGAAAAAGUGGUUGGACUCUCGGGUGGAAUUCUUUUCAUCGUUUUUGGUAUCCAAUCAUUCCUUUCUCCAGUCGAAUCAUGAGGUCUGUGCUAUUGGUUAGUGAUUAUUCUAGAUGCUGUUUUUUUUACAAGAUAUGUUAGCAAGUAUACUUGUUAUAGUGGUUGAGAUUGGCUGCCAAAAGAGCUCUCCUUUCCACCUUGGGUCAAAGCUUUCAUUUAUUUUUAUUUUUUUUACCCUUUUAAAGAUUUUAUGGUUCAAAAUAAAGACACCCUUGUAGAAUCAGACCCAAAUUUAGUAUAGGAAGUUGAUUGGAUUAUUCCUUUUCAACACACACUUGCAGGAACGGAUUCUCUCACUGGAGAUUUUCACCAAUUUGUAAAUGUCUAUGAUGAGAGUUUUCACAUGACAAUGUUGUGCGAAAUUUGUCAUGUGAAAAUUAGCAUAAAAUGAUCUGUUUCUAUGUGCCUCUACACUUAACCUCUUUAUCUUCCUCUAUCUGUUAAUGCAUGUGUGAAUUUCCAAUGCUUGUUGCUGGUGGAAAAAAUGUUUGUCUUUAA